GCGACGCGUUUAGAAUGCUUGGUCUCCGUAUGAGUAAAAAACAAAACGUUUCUUCUUAAUAAUUGAUUGUUUGGGCUAGAAAUGGUAAAUUCAUGCUCGCGUUUACACCUCUGCAUAUCUCGCAGCUGUUAAUCCGCGUAUGCGCAGUAAACGCCUCUAUUGUCUCCAGCAGCAGCGGCGGCGGCGGCGAGUGAGUGAGCGCACGGACGGAUCUGCGCGAGCAGGGAGCGGCACACACUGACCCGAAUCUCCAGGCAGACGGAAGGAGGACGAACGUACCUGGACGUGGACACUGGACGGGCAUCAACAGACAAUCAUGGCUGAUCUAUAGAAGUCAUUCCUUUCUAGACCAAAGUACUGCGGAUUGUUGCCCGUGUCAUCGUCUCUGGUGAUUUUGGGCAGCCUGUCCUGUCAGUUGGUAAUAAGGGGAGAGAACGUGUUGCGUUUUUUCCUUUCUUGAAAUACGCGACAUUCUGACUUUUGGCUUUAUUAUCAGCCUCUUGUUCUCUAGUGAGUAAAGGUGAUUAAAGAGACUUUAAGUCCAUGAUUCGACCAAGAAAAUGGGCUGUUGCGUCUACGAGACACAUCUGUUUUAGUCGGAUUUUAGCGCUUGUUUUGGUCGCUUGUCUGAAGGAGGCUUGAAAAAGCGCCGCAGACAAGCAUAGGGGCCGAUCCGUGACACCUAUUCCGCGACACCUCCACUUAUUUAUAGCGGAUACUUUUGGAUGGGGGGCAAGCAGAGUACGGCGGGGCGACCCCGGGGAGCUUUUCCCGGAGUCUCGACAGAUGACAGCGCGGUGCCACCCUCGGCCCACUUCGGACACUAUCGGCCAGGUGGCACGAUGGGACUGCGUAGUCGCUCGGUGAGCUCCGUGGCGGGGAUGGGCAUAGAUCACAGCGCCACGGUGCCCUUCGGGUUUUACACCCCGAGAGGAACAGACUCGGACAGAGCCGGAGGGGUGUCUGGCUCCGAUUCAGCCCAUAACGGGAACGGCUACCAGGAAACGGGCGGUGGGCACCACACGGACGGUAUGCUUUACCUGGGAUCCCGCGCGUCAUUGGCAGACACUUUGCCCCUGCACAUCGCUCCCCGAUGGUUUAGCGCUCACAGCGUACCCAUUUGGAGUAGUCACGCACCCUUCUGGAGUAACCCCACCAUAUUUUGUAGAUCCCGCCCCCAUUUGGAGGUCUCCAGCCUGCAGCUAUACCUACUUGAGUUUCCAGGAUUUAAGUGUCCCGUCUGCUCCAAAUCAGUGGCAUCCAAUGAGAUGGAAGUUCACUUUAUCAUGUGUCUGAGCAAGCCCCGCCUCUCCUACAAUGAUGACGUGUUGUCAAGAGAUGCUGGAGAGUGUGUAAUAUGUCUCGAGGAGCUACAGCAGGGAGACACAAUCGCUAGACUGCCGUGCCUGUGUAUCUAUCAUAAAAGCUGUAUAGACUCCUGGUUUGAGAUAAACCGCUCCUGCCCUGAACAUCCUUCAGACUGACCUCAUCUACUUCUGCUACCACUUAGUAAGGGCACUUUAUGGACCUAAACCGGAAUAUCCUGACACAAAAAUAACCAAAUAUCUACAAACCAAUUUGAUCAAACCUUGGAAAUGUGUCAUCGCAAAACUGAACCAAAUAAAAAGAGUCCAUCCAGCCAACACUGUCAUUACCACUUGCAUCUUGCUAGAGACUGCUAAACCGCUUACUGGCCCCCAUGCAGACCAUGAACACUGGAUCUCUCUGGCUUUGGAAAACAUCUAGCUUCUUGCCCCCUUCUACAUACUCUAUGUUCUUAUAGACAUGCGUGUUCAAAUCUGCAUUCUGGCCUACACCUCUCUCCUACUAGUUUAUGUUUUCAAAUGGAAGGAGAGGGGAAAGAUGGGGCAGGGCUUAAAAGGGCGGGGCAGAGACAGCAAACAAGUAGGAAGUAGGUCAUGCUUUGCGACCAAUCCAGAGGCCAUACCUGUGCUGUUUAGAGGGCCAUUGGCUUAAAAUCGUCCUAUAGAGGACUGUGACAGGGGGCGGGGUUUGGAUGCAGGCACACGGCUAGUACGUGGAAGGACUUUGAUGCGUGUUUGAGUGUCGUUUCACUCUUUGGUGAUGUGUUGGGCAACCGGUGGAUGUAGAUGUACUUAUUCUGUGUGUGCAUGUGCGUGUGAACAUUUGUCCACGGACGGGGGGAAAUGUGUAAAUUGUGUUUCCUGUUAGCGCCGUAGGCAGAUGAAGACAUCAGCAUGUGUGUGUUGGAUAGGAGUUUAAAGGGAUAGUUCAUUCAAAGAUUAAAAUGUGGUCAUUAUUUAUUCACCCUCAUGUCAUUUCGAACCUGUAUGACUUUCUUUCUUCCAUGGAACACAAAAAGUGCAUUUUUGAAGAAAAUCCUGGCUGAUCUUUACUAUACACUGAUAGUGAAUGAGGACUGGACCUUAUAAGCUUCAAAAUGGCAAAAAAGCACCAUAAAAGUUUAAUAAAAGUUGUUUAAAUGACUUAAUCAUAAUUUUCUGAAGUCUUAUGAAGUCGUUCUUUAAGUCGUUGUUCAACGAUAACUAAAUCAUUGAGUCCAGUCUAAUCAUUUAGGCUGUUUUUGUGAACUAGAUCAACUGAUUCAUUUAAAAGAUCGGACUCAAAAGAAUGAUUCAUUCAUGAGUCUGAUAUCAGUAAUUCUCUCAUGAACAUGCCAAGGAGAGCUAGGGCGAAUGCCAAGAUUUUCAGUGAAUAACGACUUAAAUUUUGGUCUAGUUUUUUAAUAAAGCUAUGGUAUCAGAAGACUUUGAAUAUAGCGCAUGAGUCGUCUGACAUUUCUAUGAUACUUUAUGGUUCUUUUAUGUCAUUUUGGAACUUGACACUGUCAGUCUGAAGAAAAAAAGUCAAAUGAGUUUGGAAAUAAUGACAGAAUUUUCAUUUUUGGGUAAACUUGUACUUUAAGGUGAGAAAAGGAGAGAAAUAUACUCUCAUUCUGUCUUUCAAAUGUUUACAAUUCACAGUAGAUGUCUUUCCCUCCACGGAUUCAAACGAAAACAAGCUAAAAGCAGUUUUUCUUAUUUUUCAUCUGCACAUUUUGGGAAGUCAUUAUGAAACGCUGACCAUAAUAUUCAGACAAUUUCCCUGUAAAAGCCUUGAGUAUCUGUUUGAUGUGUGCGUGUGUGUGUGUGUGUGUGUGUGUGUGUGUGAUUUCAAAAGCUUCUGUCCAUCUUCCCAUGUUUUCUCUAUGUGACCGACCAGCUUAUGUCUGGUAAAGCUAAUGUUGCUUCACUACUGUAUGUAAAGCCCAGAUAUACUGGUGUGAAUCUAUUACAAGAUCAUUUCUAUGAUCUACAUUUACUUUUUAUUUUUGAAAAUCUGUGAGAAACCACACACACAAAAAACAAAACAACUAUUUAACCUUCAGGAUGCCUCUGUCUACUGUAUAAACAGCAAGCACUGUUAGAAAAUAAUGUUGCAGAAAAAAGAAGAAAAAAUAAAUCAGAACAAAUGAAAAUGUAAGGAGUAAAAAAAAAAAUAACCGCAAGGAAAAAAAUUGACAACCUAUUAAUUUUGUGUCGGCUAGAAAUAGAGCAUUUUUGAUGGUCUUUUUUUGCUUUGUGCCGGCAAACAAACACCAUCCAUCAAAACAAUGGAUUACAAUGUAAAACAAAUGAAGUUGGAUAGUGUAGUACUACACGGCGCAGCUUCGUCUGUGGAAAGUGUCUCGGCACUCUCAAAACCCAUCCUUUUUGUUAUUUUUCUUUUGUUAAUUUUUUUUUUUUGUUUUUGUCUGUUCUUUUCUGUGUUUUUUUUUCCCCCAAAGAAGUGAAUGGAUGCCUGUUAUAGGAGGUACAAACUAAUUGUCUGAUGAUUUUGAUGUGCAAUCUGUGGGACGAGUAAUAAUGAUGAUGAUGAUGAUCAUACAUAUAAUUAAAAA